AUGAAAACGCUGCGAAGCAGUGUCAUUGCCAAAAAGACCAAAAUUCUACAGCGCCAGUUAACUAUUGUUAUGAUUGUUCAGGCAGCAAUGCCGGUAAUUUGCACAGCAAUACCGACAGUUGCAUUCUCAGUGGUGAAGUACUGUAAAUGGCCGCCAUCGGAUUACGGAUCGCUGGCAAUGGGAUUCAUAAACUGGCAACCAUGCCUUACUCCAAUCUUCACGAUAUGUUGCAUCAGAGCAGUUAAAAAUGAAUUUUUCCGCCUCUUUCACGUGGCCGCUCGUCGACAGCUGGCACUGAAAGUAAUAUCAAUGAAAGCAUACGAGGAUCAGCGCACGGACCAAGGAGCCCAUGCUUUGGCUUCUGUGCAGCAGCGUGAAAACAUCGAGAACUCGCAAAACAGUGCAGAUUUCUAUGUCGCUGAACCUGAUAUAUUGCAAAUCGUUCCAUCCGCAGCAUGGAAUUCUACUAAUGUUGCUGGCAAACUGGGAGCUAAGUCUGACUCCAAUCUUCUCAGUGUCUUUCGCAAAACAAUAGAGGAACAAGUCCUUCCGUUAAUAUCGCAUAGUUAUUCACAGACCUCUCGAACAGUUGUCGACAUAUCGCUGGUUUUUCGCAUCGUCAGUGCAACUGAUCACUAUAUGAUGAUACAAGAGUGUAUAUACAAGAAUGAUAAUCGAUAA